AUGGACCCUAAAAGGCUCGAUGAUCCAAGCGAUACAGCUUUGUCGGAGGAGCAGGGACAGAGACCAUUUCGGAACACGAAGGCGAGACAAGUAUCAGAAGAGAGACGACAAGCUGAUUUACUCGAAGAAAUUGAAGAGAAAGGCGAUCUUUCAGGUUCUCAGAGGAAGAAGCUUGAUAAGCUUCGAAAGGAGCUCCGUGACGAUGCUAGCAACACAGUAGAUCCUCAGAGUAAACCUCGCUACGCAGGGUCUACUGGUGAAAAUGAAGAUGGCAAGGUUCAAAAACCCUCGCAAGAACCGGGCAGCGAUCAUUUAUCUGCAUCAGUUGGCAAAAGCACGGUUCCCAAGGAUAAUAAGUGGAAAGAUCAGGCAGCUAAGACAGCCCCAGAUGCAUCCUCCGCAAUGGGUGAGGGUUGUGUUGCUGAAGCAUAUUGUCGAAGCAAGUCAUUUGGAGGUAUACGAUUGAUUAAUCGCUACGGACCUCAUGGUCAAUCAAGAUAUGAGUUUGGGCCAUCAAAGCGGCCAUCAAAGCGACCAUCAGAGCCACAUGAGAUAGAAGAAAUAAAAGGUCUCCGGCUGAUUUCUAGCAAAGACAGGACGAUCCUAGACAUCCAAAAAGGUGGCCAGUGGCAAUAUAGCUUCCAUAAUAUUGAAAAAGUUGUCAAUAUUGCGACUCUGAACCCUAGUCGAAAAUGGAAACCACGAGGAAAGAAAGCCACCCGUGUAUUUCCCACAGUCCUUCUGAAAAUUCAAUGGUGUGGCAUAGAAAAAGAACAUGAGGAGGAAUUCUUACAGCAAGGACAAGGCUGGAUUUUCAGGGGAAAGGUGACGAAGAGGAUCAAGCGAAAUCAGAAAGUUCUCCUGGAUGAAUGGGGCCGUGCAAAAGCGAAGGAACAGGAUCUGUCUUACCAAGGUUGGCUAAAGAAAAAUGGCAUUGCCAACAAAGAUAGCGAGGAACUACAUACUACCUUCUAUCCGGAUACAGAUUGGGCCAAUUCUCCCAUACGAUCGAAAAAAAAUCGUUCUAAUUCCGCCCAAAACAAUUCCAAUUCGACAUACCCUGUUUCAGGAAGUGAGAAAAUUGAAUCUUUAGGAGAUGGUCAUAAAUCUACAGAGAAACCUCGCAAUAAAAGACGAAGAUCAGAGUCUGAAGAAGAAACCACGGACCGCAUCAAAAAGCCUCGCUCCGAUCCAACGCCAUCUGAAAAGUCAGCCGAGAAAUACAUUCAUUGGAACGAAUAUGUCUCUGAUCUUAAGACCCAUUACAAGCUCACCGAACAAAUGUGCGAGGAGAACCCAAAGGCGUAUAUGGAAACUCUGGAUAGUAUCAUCCAAGGCUGGGAUGACUAUCGACAGAAUAUGUUGAACCAAGGUUACAAAGUACGCCCCGGAGGAGAAAGGCCCGAAUCAUAG